AGAAUGCGUUUAGAUCACGCUUAUACGAAAAAUGCAUUACCUGGNGGUGGUCUUCUCCAGCGCAUGAUAUUCAAAGUCGCCAUCAUGUUUAUGGUGUUGACCACCUUAACAGCAGUAAUCCUGCGCCUCUGGGCAAAAUUACGGACUGGCAAACGGAAACUUGCUGUUGAUGAUUAUAGCAUGCUGACAGCUUGGAUCCUCACACUAGGCGAAGUCAUGUUCAUGCUCUCAACCAUAUUCCUCAAAAUCUCGCUCAUGCUCUUUUAUCGUCAAUUCGUCUGGAAGAAAUGGCAGCGCCGUGCUAUAAUCGUCGCAGGAGGAUGUUCCAUAAUCCUUUCUCUGAUCGCCCUCUUCUUGUCGCUCUUUCAAUGCGGCACUCUCAAACACAUCGCACACCGACAGAUCAGCGGCAAGUGUGUGCAGCGCAAUAGAUUUGUUCCACUGCUGUACCUUCACGGAGCGACCGGAGCUGUCACUGACUGGGCUUUUGCGUUAUUACCGGUCUCUGUGCUUAUCAAAUCAUCACUCAAAACGCAUAUCAAACUCUCGGUCUGCAUUCUGCUUACAUUGGGUGUGACCGGCAGCGUGGCUGCAUGCUUCCGCACCGCAUAUGUUUAUGGCGUAUGGUUUGACCCUGCUUUUCUCGAUCCGACGGCUCAUAUCAGCUUCUAUGACCACUCGGCUCCCGAGAUUGUGCUGGCUCUUACAGAACUUGGCUUUGGAAUAUCGGCGGCUAGUCUGGCCUGCUUGCAACCACUCUUCCGACACUUGGUGCACAAGAGUCGAAACUGGAUCCAGAGGCGUUUCUCGGACGAGUCAGACAACACUACCGGCGCAGUGAGGUCGCAUAUGGGAUUGUUGCCACAGUUUGAAUUGCGAGCUAGGAAUGUCGUGGGACCGGUCUUGAAGCAAGCACAAGUCCAGGCAUGCGAGGCACCAACGCCAGAAUUUCCACCACAUCCAGCGGUCCGUAGGCACGGCUUUGCGGAUACCGGUAGUGACCCCAGCAAUCCGGGUGACGUGUCUCUCAGUCGACGCAAAUCUUCGCACGGCGUGUUGCCUACAUGCGAUGGCAUGGUUGAAGCAGGUGAUCACCAAGAGCAUCAUCGCAAAUCAGUCCGACAACGCAAACCCAGCCUGCUUAUAGGUGUGUUGCCCACCAUUGCGACAGAGACUGGCGCCGAAGAGGAAGAUUAUGGUUUCGGUCAAAUGGUGGCGGAUCCACCGAUUCAGGCCACAUUUAAAAUAGAUGAUGAUGACGAUCGAAUUUCGAGGAUGGAUUCGCAGGCUGCUAUGUUGCAUUGA